GAAUUGCCCAAUAAACCUUAUUCUAACAAAUAGGACGCAAAGUCGCAAACACACAGACGCCUCCCUUCUCACGUUGUCGGCUCCUCAAGCUCUGCCCUGCUCGCCGCAGUAUUCCAUCGCCCCUGUGAAGCCACCGGCCAGAGACGUAGCACUCCACAACUACAGUAAGUUUUGGGGAAUGAGCAUGGGAAGAAGCAGCAGUCAAGCUCUUCUCGACUUGGAAAACAACACUAAAAAUUCCUCUUCUAAAGAAUCAGCGCUUCUUGUUUGCAAAAGAGACGAUGAUGAUCUGUUGAAGAAGAUAGAAGCUGCAAAAACUAAAGCUAAUGCACCUCCUAAUUCCAAGCCUACCAUUGCAGCUCCUCCUCCUAGCCAAGUUAUGGGAAAGUUGAAGGACUUUUUAGGAGUCAUGGCUGAGUCAAACAAGAAGUUGCAGCUAGAUGCUAUGAGUUCCAAAAACUAUGAUAUUGAGGCACUCACAGGGGAUGAAUCAGAAUACAUCGAAAUGGAUCUAAUGCUUGGUGUUGCGGAUCUUCACACUCCAGAAGCUGUUGCUGCAGCUGAAUCUGCUAUUCUUGGUAAUCAACCAGUCAUCUCCCUUGAUGCUAGUAGUACCGAAUCCGAAUCGGAAUCGGAAUCGGAAUCGGAAUCGGAAUCGGAAUCAGAAGAUAGCAGUGAUGAUGAUGACGACAGUUGUAGUGAUUCCGAGGAUGAUGACAAUCAUGAAACUAAAAAGUCAAAAUCCAAAACUCUUAAUGAUAAAAAACCAAAAAACACAACAUCUGAAAAUGACAAAAAAAGUAAACGACCAAAGAUCGUUGAGCUUUCAUAGUCAAAAUUCAGAAUAAAGGCAAGAAAGUGUAAUUUGUUGGUUGAAUGUUGCUUGUAGCAUAUGCAUGAAAUAUUUGUUUGGAUUUAAAUAUAUUUAAUAUAUUUAUAUUUUGUGUUUUGAGACGGGUUGAGUUCACUUGUAAACAAUCUUUUGUCCAUCUUUAAAAAGUAAAUGUUUGUUAUUGAA